AAAUAAUCCCUACAGAAACAGAGGCGAAGCUAGUGAGAGCUUCGGCCAGAGAGAGAAGUGAGAGGGAGACAGAGGGAGAGGUUAGGCUCUAUCAAUGGCUGCGUCGGCUUCCACAACAUCGUCUCUGUCAGAGGAGGAGCUGACGCUCAUAGUGAAGUGGAGCGGGAAGGAGUACACGGUGCGACUGUGUGGGGACGACUCGGUGGGUGAGUUGAAGCGUCGAAUCUGCGAGGUCACCACCGUGUUGCCAAAGCGGCAGAAGCUUCUGUACCCCAAAGUCCUUGGAUCCAAACUCGCCGAUGACUCCGUCUUGCUCUCUCAACUCCCGCUCAAGGCCUCCCUCAAGAUGACCAUGAUUGGUACUGUUGAAGAUGAUCUAAUUGUAGAGGAAACGGACUCUCCUGAGGUUAUUGAUGAUUUUGAACUUAGGAAUGAUGAAGCUGUUAGCAUUCACAUUAAAGAUAAAGAAGUGAAUAAGCAAAAAUUGAGGAGACGUAUAGAUCAAUACAAGAUUGAACUAAAGAAUCCAUGUCGUGAAGGAAAAAAGCUGCUUGUUCUAGAUAUUGAUUAUACUUUAUUUGAUCACCGAUCAACAGCAGAGAACCCACUUGAACUUAUGCGGCCUUAUCUGCAUGAGUUUCUUACAGCUGUUUAUGCAGAGUACGAUAUCAUGAUAUGGUCAGCAACCAGCAUCAAGUGGGUUGAAUUAAAAAUGGGACAGCUCGGGGUACUCAGCAAUCCUAACUACAAAAUCACAGCUCUUCUGGACCACUUAGCAAUGAUCACAGUGCAAUCAGAUACCCGCGGAAUCUUUGAUUGCAAGCCACUGGGCUUGAUUUGGGCUCAAUUCCCUGAGUUCUACAGUUCAAAGAACACUAUAAUGUUUGAUGAUUUGCGAAGAAAUUUUGUGAUGAACCCACAAAAUGGUUUGACAAUCAAGCCAUUCAGGAAGGCUCAUUCAAAUCGAGACAACGAUCAGGAGCUUGUGAAGCUUACCCAAUACUUGCUGGCCAUUGCAGAACUUGAGGACCUUAGCUCCCUUAAUCAUAAUUAUUGGGAGGGGUUCUCAGAGGACAAUGUCAAAAGACGCCGCCAUGUAUGAUGGUCAUCGGGAAGCCUUGAAGUUACAGUGUGUUGCUUGUAUCCACUUUUGAGGUACUUAUGUUAUUAGUAUAAUUCCAGUUCGUAUCUGCCAAACAUUGCCAUUAUAGCUUCCAAGUAUGAGUUGGCAUAUUGUGUAAUAGUGAGAAAUUUUAAGACAAAAAUAGUUUAUCUGAUCUAUAGAGCCCUUUUUUUUUC